UAGUGCCAUCGAUAGUUUUGCACCUCUAGUGCUGAUGGUGAAAUGAGCGAAUACGUCAAUUAGUUAAUUUGUUAUAAAUUUUCAAAUUAUGUUCGGGUGUUCACGAAUUCUUCUAAACAAAAAUGGAAUUUUCACUGCUGCUUGCCGGAGUGCAUUAUACCGACGUAACCAUUUACUUAACAUCCGAUUUCAAAAGGACAUUAAUUUAAAUACGAGUAUUUGGAGUAUUCGCUGCAAUAGCACACAGAGGAGGGGUGAAAAAAUUAUUGGAGCUUGGUUGCUUGGUUGUAGUGGUAUGGUGUAUGUCGCAGUGGCUCUAGGUGGCGUAACUAGGCUAACUGAGUCAGGCUUAUCGAUGGUGAACUGGAAAUUGCUUGGCGAAAAAAAGCCAUCAAACUUGGAUGAAUGGAAAGCUGAAUUCCAUAAAUACCAGCAAUUCCCUGAAUUCAAGAUGAAAAAUAGGUCAAUGACUUUAGAAGAGUUCAAAUUUAUAUAUAUGAUGGAAUAUAUACAUAGAAUGUGGGGACGCGGGAUUGGCGCUGUUUUUGCUAUUCCAGCUAUUUAUUUUUGGAGACGGGGAUAUUUUACCAAUGCAACUAAAAAAUAUAUUUUAGUACUUGGAGCACUUAUUGGCCUACAAGGCCUUAUGGGUUGGUUUAUGGUCAAAUCUGGGCUUGAGGACAAAUUUCAGGACAUAAACGAUGUACCUAGAGUGUCACAAUAUCGAUUGGCUUCACAUCUGGGCGUCGCAUUUAUCAUAUAUAGUUUAUUUUUGUCAUCAGGUUUGAGAAAAUUUAUGCCACCUGCGAAUAUUGUCACGUCUUCAAAAAACGUUUUUCGUUUGAAAAACUUAGCUUAUGUGACUAAGGGACUUGUAUUUCUUACGGCGAUAUCUGGAGCUUUCGUUGCGGGUCUAGAUGCUGGAUUAGUAUACAAUUCCUUUCCAAAAAUGGCUGAUAAGUGGAUUCCUGACGACAUUCUAUCAUUUGAACCUGUGCAAAGGAAUUUCACGGAGAAUCCGACAACAGUCCAAUUUGAUCACAGGAUAUUGGGAAUAACUACUGUUGUGGCAGUUUCCUUACUAUGGAUGUAUUCAAAGAGAUGUAUUUUGCCAAAACGUGCUCGUUACGCUGUAAAUACCACGAUGGCUAUGGCUUGGUUGCAAGCAACUUUAGGUGUAACCACGUUGUUAAAUCACGUUCCUGCUCCUCUCGCUACAGCUCAUCAGUCCGGUUCCCUUCUGUUGUUGUCUCUUGCUCUUUGGCUAAGCCAGGAAUUGCGUUUAUUAAAGUAUAUUCCUAAAUAAAAUACGGAAAAUAUGUUAAGAAGUAUAAAUACGUA